ACAUUCGCUGCUUUCAGUGUGGCCCGUGUCUUCAAUGUGUUUUGUCACGCUUUGGCGCUAACUCCGGUACCAACCAACAGCUACUAUAUAUACCCAACCCGCAAUAUAUCCUACACACACAGUAUAUAACAUAUCCCUCCACUCCCAGCAACGCCCAGCAGCAGCAAAUUAAUCGACUUGGAAUCUUCGAGUUUCAUUUGAUCAGAUCAAAUCACAAAAUGCUCACUCUUUGCCUGCUGCUAGUCGCCACAAUCGCUGGACUGGGACUCCAGGUGGAGGCCAUCCGGGUGGACUGGGGCACCAAUACAGGACCGAUAUCACCACCGCCGCCGCGCACCACACCGCAGCCACCGCGAAAGCCAUACCGGGAACCAGCGCCCGUCUGGGAGGAUCUCAGUGACGAUGUGCCCAACCCCAAUCCCUAUGUCUACGUCUUGCCACCGCCAUCCCGCCCAAGAUACUGGGCCAUACCCGCCGGACCGUAUGCCCCGCCGAACUACAACAACCUGCCGCCCAAGCAGGGUAACUACGGCCAGUUGGCCACCAGUGCGUACAGCGGCGGAGUGACCUCUGUGCCGGGUCUUGCUGCCCAAUAUGUGCCCGGAGUGGGCACCAAAUAUACGGCCAUUGUGCCCGAUAAGGUGCAGGGCAAGUACAAUGCGAAGACCAAGAAGUACAAGGCUUACGAGAAGGCGAAGUAUGCGGCAUAUCCCUGGAACUAUUUGCAGCAGUUGCCGCUGGAGGAGAAGGCCUUGGAAUGGCAGGCGGAGCUCGAGAAGCGGCUCGACGAAGAGCAGGCUCGUUCGCAGUCUCAGGCUCUCAGUUCCUCCACAACAACAAGCACCACUUCCAGCACCUCGACUUCAACAUCGACCACGACCACGACAACUCCAGCACCAUCGCCAGACAGCAGCAGCAGCUCCUCCACCUCCACCUCCAGCACACCAUCCACACACACAUCUACCACACAGCAGCCCACAACAAUUGCCAAUUACAAGCUGGCGCACGAGAAGAGCGCCCAUCUGAAGAAGCUCGGCAAGCAGAAGCGACUCCAGCAGCUGCACUUGGAGCAGGAGAAGCUGCAGAUGAGGAAGAAGAUGCUGCAGCAGGAGCAAAACUCGUUGUCGAGUUGAACGCCAGACAAGAAAACAUUAAUGCGAAAUUAAUUUUAAGACUUGCCCACAACAUGUUGUAAAUAACUAUUAAUAAAAUUAAACAUCCCAUAA